AUGAAGCAGGCAACCUCCAGUGGAGGCGAAUUUGUGCCUUUGUCCUGUGCGUAUCACUUUCAAGGGCCCGGUCAGCUGGCAGACUCCAGUCGCCAUUCCUGGAGGUCCUUUGAAGUGGCAAUCGGAUCAAAAGAUAAGCACGGCUCAGCACUGAGUUCCUGGAGCCAGCUGGUGAAGGGCUUUUUGAGGCGACGUCCCUGCCAGGUUGAAGCAGACGUUUGCGUAAGGAGGGUGUUGUUGUGCUGCAGAAGGUCCGGCCCGAAGAACACCCUGCGAGGCGUACAUCGCAUGUUGGUUCACCGGCCGGUCGCCAAAGCUGAUCACCCAGAACUGCAGGUGGGUUCACUGCAUUAG